AGCAGACGCACGAGCACUGAGCUCCGGGAGAAAAUCACCUACAAAGAACGAAAUCGGCAGUUCCAUAAAGCCCAAUUGCUACCAACGCGGGUCGGAACAUAAUGGGACGCAAAUCCAAGCAGCUCCACCAUGAGGCGAUGCCGUCCUCUCAAAAUAUUGGCGAUUUACUCAAAGCAAUGCCGCGGCCUGCCAAGAUGGCGCCCGCGCGGGAAGCCCCUGAUCACUCCUCAGAUGACAGUAUGGAGGAGGCCGCUGAAGCAAGGAGCACUAGAUGGGAGAGUACCCCACCUCCUGAACAAAUGCCGGCGAGCAAAGCAGACAUCAUCCAUCUGCUCAAGGAGCUUAAAGCUCAAUCAGCAGCAGACGUGGCCCUAAUCAGGGAAGAUUUGGGUGCCAUGUCAGCCCGCAUACAGGCUGUGGAGGUGAAUGAAGCUGCCACAACAGCCAAAAUUGAAACCCUGCAAAGGGAAAUGGCCCAAAUAAAGAAAACCAGCACUAUAUUAGAAAAUAAAGUGGCUGCACUGGAAGACGCUAAGCGCCAGCGGAACCUCAGGAUAAGGGGGAUACCAGAGGCUGUGCAAGACUCUGAGGUCGCACACUACCUUCGCCGAUUACUAGCCUCUCUGCUAUCACAAGCUAAAGCAAAAUCCAUCUUGCUGGAGUUUCACUUUCGUAUACCCAAGCCACCAAGAGCCCCAGCUGACGUCCCACGGGACCUACUUAUUCGCUUUCAAUCUCUCCGUGGCAAACUACUAGUACAAGAAGCAGCCCGAGAAACUAACACAUAUGAGUUUGAAGGUUCUGAGCUAUCUUUCUAUAAUGACCUCUCUAGGGCAACAGUCACAUGGCGACACUCCAUGAAAGAAGUCACACAACUACUGAGAUCCAAGGGGAUACAAUACAGAUGGGGACCAGGGUGCAGACUCUCUGUCAACAAUGACGGCAAAAGAGUUCACAUCACCCAAGCAAGUGACUCUGUAGCAUUUCUACAAACCUUGGGAAUAUCCCUGGAGGCCACUACAAGCACUACCUCAGCAGCAAAGACAUCAGCGAACAUGUCCAGGAUAUGGGACGUCAAGAGAAUCCAACCCUUUAUCCCAAGAACGAGUGGUGCUGCGGCCACCCUUCAGCCGAAAACCUGA